AUGAGAAUGGGAAUGAAAUUUGUUUUUUUCAUACUUAUGUUUACUGUAAUGUUAGUGCAAGCAAGACUAAAUUUCUGGAAAGAUUUAAUCCCUCAAAAAGCAAUAAUCAAUUAUCUAUUUCCUAAGGAUCCCGGUAUAGUAAGAGUAAGAAAGCCAGAAAUUAAAACUGCAGUGAACAAUGUAACUACAAUGGAUUUUAUUGGUUUAGUAGAGAGAUAUGGUUACUCUGCUGAGGAGCAUUACGUCACAACAGAAGAUGGUUAUAUUUUGACGAUUCAUAGAAUAUCAGCAAGUCCUUUGUAUAAAGGUCGACAGAAAAGAGGGAUUAUAUUCUUUCAAAAUGGUAUCCUCGCUUCAUCUGAUUUCUGGGUGUUAACUGGUCCUGACAAAGACCUUGCAUUUUUGUUGGCUAAUGAAGGAUAUGAUAUAUGGCUCGGAAAUUACAGAGGAAAUACUUAUUGCAGAUCACAUAUAAAAUUAUCUUCACGAGAUCGAGACUUUUGGCAAUAUAGCUAUCAUGAGAUAGGAACGAGGAAUCUGCCAGCUAUGAUUGAUUAUGUGCUUAGUAAUACAAAACAAAAAUCUCUGCGUUAUAUCGGUUUUUCGAUGGGAACUAAUAUUUUUACUUUACUAUCCACAAAACCAGAAUACAAUGCAAAAAUAAAAUUGGGAAUCUGUUUUGCUCCGAUCGCUAUGUCGAAUGAAAUGCCUAUUCUUGUGGAAUAUUUGCAUACAUAUAACGUAUUGAAAUUUUUUGAGGAAUUUCUUCAGUCUAAUGAAAUAUAUGAAAUAGCUUCCUUAUCAUCAACGACUAUAACGUUAGCAAGAACACUAUGUGCAGAUAAGACAAUUACUCAGGCCGUCUGUAUCGCACUAUUAUUUUUAAUUUGCGGAUCCAAUCCUGCGCAACUUAAUACUACGGCAUUACCGGAAAUAUUAUCUUAUUAUCCAGCUGGCGCAUCCGUGCAAUUAUUAGUUCAUUAUUACCAAAAUUUUGUUACAAAAAAAUUUCAAGCCUUCGAUUAUGGAUAUUUCGACAAUUACAAGCAAUAUGGACAGAUGACACUCAUAAUGUAUGAUCUUACUAAAGUUACUGCGCCUUUGGCUUUAUUUUACGGUGCUAACGAUGUGAUUGCUCCAGUAGCGAAUGUAUUGGAGACAUAUAAGUGCUUGCCAAAUGUUAUCCUGCUAGAAGAAAUUGCAUAUAAAUUAUUUUCUCAUGCAGAUUUUUUAAUUGCCAUUGAUGUUAAAACUCUAAUGUAUAAUCGUGUUAUAGAAUUAUUUCAGAAGAUUGAUAAUAAUUAA